AUGAGUAAACAAUUUGACAAGGAAAAGAGAAGAAAGAUCUUUGAAGAAAUUAUAGAUACGGAGGAGAAGUAUUUGUAUUCUCUCGAAUUACUGAACAAGAAUUAUAUUGUUCCUUUGAAAAAGAACAAAUACUUGAAAUUCGGUCGAGAACUCAACACCAUUGUGUCCAAUUUGACGGUCAUUGUGAAUUUCAAUAAUCACUUGUUGACAAAAUUGAAAAAUGCGAGUGAAGAUGACAUUGGAAAAACUUUUCAAAUGAUCGUUCCUUUUCUUAAAACCUAUACACAAUACUUUAGCAACUACGAAGCUGCACUGAAUAGCAUUCGAGAGGCAGACAAGAAUCCUAAAAACAAAAAAUUCUCAGAGUGGCUAAAAAAGACCGAUGAACGUUCGAAAGAGGCCAAUCAACAGACAUUUAAACAAUUGUUAAUUCAACCUGUACAACGUAUUCCACGUUACAACUUGUUACUCUCAGAGGUAUUAAAGAAUACACCAAGAACUCAUGUAGAUUAUGACAAUUUGAAACUUGCGUCAGAAAAGAUGAAGGAAGUAGCUGAUCACUUGAAUCGACAAAUUACUGAAAUUGAAAAUAGAAACAAACUCAUCAAAUUGAAAGAAAUUUUCGUUUUAAAUCAGUCUGGAAAAGGAAGUGGUAUUACAAACAUUGUAGAACCUCACAGAAAAUAUGUCUUUGAAGGAGAAUUGAGUAUAUUGAGUGACAACUCAUUGAACAAGCAAAAACAUUACUUUUUCCUAUUCAGUGACAUGCUUGUCUGUUGCAAUGAAGUUCCUGAAACUAUAAAAAAGAAGCUCAUCGAAGACAGAUUCAAACCACAACAAACUCAACCAACAAAGGAGAAAAAGCGAUUGACAUUAUUUAGGACAGGAGAGGAUUCUAAUAAUAUUGAAAAAUCAACUGGAGCAUUUGAUGACGAUGAGAAUGAAAUUCCCGAACAUUUCUACACCAUCACUUUUACCAUCAAAUUCAAUACUGAAAAAUUAGGAUUGUCACCAACACACACACCAACUUCCUCUCCCAUCAUGGCUUCAUCUACACCAAGUACUCCUUCAGAUACUGUGGUCGAAGAUAUAUGGGUUCGCGAUUUUACAAACUUUGAAAGUGAAAGAUUUAACGUUCCUACUUUAUUCCAAUUAAUUACAUCCAAAGAAACUUAUACGUUUGAAACCAAUGAUUCCAAGUCACGCGAGAAAUGGGUGUCACACUUGAAUACCACUCUCGAAGAACUCAAAAAGAAAAAGAAAGACAUAGGAAAGGAUCAAGCAAAACCAAAGGGAUAUCCCAUUGUUUUACUCCAUCUUGCAGCAUUAUAUGUGCAAGCAAUAGCUCGAAGCAAAUUAACAAGAACUAAGAGGGGAGACGUUGAGAAUCGAUUCAAACCAAGGAAAAAGGCACAAAAACCAGUCUCCUCUCCAAUGGAUAAUUCUCCAACUUCAGAACAACUCAUUGAACCAAUUCCAUCUUCUUCGAAUACCAAUUCCACAAUCGAACAAAGUUCCGAAAAUUCUCCAAGAACAGUUCGACUUCAAUUUGUGAAACCAAUUUCAGAAGUCACACCAACAACAACAACCUCAUCGUCACUCACACCACGUGACCAACAACAACAACAACCAACAUUGGAACAACAAUCUACCUUAGUCAAACCACAACAAUCAACUGUAGAAUCAACGGAAGCCGUGGCCACUACUCAAAUUUCACAACCUGAAACACCACGUGACCAAAAAGCAACCACUCCACGAGAACAAGAAGCUGUUGUUGUUGUUGAAGAAAAUAUCAACGUUGGAGAAUCGAGUAAAGCAACAACACCUCGUGAAAAGGUUGCAACUCCACGUGACAAAGUUGCCACACCGCGUGACAACCGAAUUGAAACAGUUUGUACCACAUCGACCACAAGUGCUUUGCCUGAAAAAGUUGAAUCAACAAUUAUUGUUGAAAAGGAUGUGAAGGAAAUUUCUAUGGAAAUUCCAAGUACAACAUCCGUGUCAACAACUCAAGAAAAAACCAAUGUGGAUAUUGCAACUCAAGAAAGUUCUGUUCACAAUGUGAGUGGCAACGAUUCAACUCCAGUCAAGAGUGACAACAACAAGGAUAAAACAACACCUGAAAAGAAUUCAUCAUCACUUACAUCACCAAGAUAUCAAUCUCCUAGACAGUCACCUAGACUCUACAUUGAAGAUGAAGCAGCAACUGAAGAUGAAGAAGUCUAUUACGACGAAGAAGGAAAUGUUUUACCACCAUGGAAGGUUGAACUCAUGAAGAAAUUCAAGAAAUAUGGACGAUUUAAUAAUGUUCUUAAUCAAUCACAACAAGAAAAGCAGAGAGUUGAGAAGAAAAUUGAUAUUCCAACGAAGGGCAUGCAAUUGAGCGCCAUUCGUUCCAUGUUUGAACAAAAGGAUAAACAAGCCCAAGAAGAAAUGAAUACUCUUCGAAGAUCGACCGUUUCGAAAUAUUAA